AUGCGAAGGCUUCUGGAACCUGCGUACGCUGACGGUGUGAGUUCUCCUAGAGCCUCGGUGGAUGGCGAUGAACUACCAAAUGCACGCUACGUGUCCUUUGCCAUGCAUCCAGACGUGAAGAGACCUGCGCACCACAUCACGCACAUGGUGAUGCAGUUUGGCCAAUUCAUGGACCAUGACAUUGCUCUAGCGCCCUUGGAGUCCGAUCCUGGACACGUUAACUUGGGAAAUCCGAAUAACCCCGUCGACUGUUGCUCCCCUGAACGAAGAACUGCACCGGAGUGCUUUUCAAUAGGUGUCCCUGAAGGAGAUCCAUUCUAUGGCCAGCACAGAGAGACGUGCUUGAAUAUGGCUAGGUCUGCGCCUUGUUCCUGUCAACUAGGCUACAGAGAACAACGAGACAUGCUGACGUCCUUCCUCGACUGUUCGCAGGUCUACGGCAACAGCGACGAUGAUACGCGCAAGUUGAGGCUGGGUCAGGGAGGUCAACUUCGGUACCAAGUAAUCCACGGAGAAGAACUCUUGCCCAGAAGCUUCCAUCCCGAUCGCGACCGCUGCAGCCGACUGGACCAAGGAGAUUUCUGUUUCAAUGCUGGAGACGACCGCGUGAAUGAGCAUCCGGGCCUGACGGCGAUGCAUACUCUGUGGCUACGGCAGCACAACCGAAUAGCUAGGGCAUUGCAGUACUACCACGGCGAAUGGGAUGAUGAGACACUCUUUCAGCAGGCAAGGAGGAUAGUAGGUGCGCAGUACCAGCACAUCGUGUACACGGAAUGGAUACCGCUCGUGCUGGGAAAGGGCACCCUGGAAAACUUCGACCUUCAGCAGAAGGGUGGCUUCAGCUUCUACGAUCCGGCCGUCAAUCCGACUAUGUUGAACGAGUUUGCAGCGGCGGCUUUUAGAAUGGGACAUACUCUCAUCGAUGGACGAUUUACCACAGUAGAUGCGCAAGGCCAAGAGACGUCUUUCCUCUUAGAAGAUUUCUACUUUUUUCCUUUCUACCUCUACCGAGGACAGACUGACGACAUCCUAAGAGGACUCGCCAAGCAGACUUCGCAGCACUUUGACAGGUUCGUGACAAAUGGUGUAACGGAGAACCUUUACCGGCUGCAGAACGAGACCUUCGGCUUAGACCUCAUCGCCCUCAACAUCCAAAGGGGAAGGGAUCACGGUCUCCAGCCAUACGUCUACUAUUACCACUUGUGCACUGGACGAAGCAUCGAAACGUUCGCCGACCUGCACAACGCAGACGUCAUGGCGCCCGAAAAUGUUCAAUACCUAGCCGCCGUGUACAAGAACGUGAAGGACGUGGAUCUGUUCACGGCAGGAACUGCGGAGCGGUCGGUAGCUGGAGGCGUGGUAGGGCCUACUUUCGCCUGCAUACUGGCUCACCAAUUCAAGAAACUCAAGUUCGGUGACAGAUUCUACUACCAGCAUGCCAGUCAAGCAGGAUCUUUUACCAAAGAUCAGCUUCGUGAGAUCCAGAAGACUACUUUGGCUGGCAUCAUUUGCGAUAACACAUACACCGUAACCAGCAUCCAGAAGAAUGUAUUUGUGCCCGAAGACGCCAUAAGGAAUCCAGAGAUACCCUGCCAUAACCUCCAAGUGCCUGAUCUCACAUAUUGGUAGAUGAGAUUGCGUUUCAUCACGAUCAAUCAAACGUUGUGCAAAUGGUCUAGUCAGCAUCCGCAUUAUUAUGGACGUUCAAUAUUCGAACUAUCAUUCAUGAUGACCACUGGCCAACGCUGUCGAAUAGCAACCUCUGCUCGACUCACCGUCUGGGAAAUUUUGAUUAUUUAUUCACAAUACGUACCCUACACCUCUCGACUCAGGUGACAUUAUGUAGGGGAGAGGGAAAAUACAUGGAGAUGGACACUUCACCGACAUAAAAAUAAAAGACAUCGGUAACACAGCAAACACAACUAGUCAUUCAGGAAGAAAUGUACGUAAUUUGCUCGAAAAAUACAACUGGAGCAAGACAGGACAAGGUCACGUGGAAAGUUUUUUUUUCUGUUCCUGGUAUUGUUUCUAAA